AUGCCUGCGCGCAAAGCACUCAGCAUCGGGUGCUGGAACUUGCGCACACUACUGGACCGGAACUCGAGCGAGCGCCCGGAGCGACGCACUGCACUGGUCGCGAUGGAGCUGGCGCGCUACCACAUCGAUAUUGCGGCGCUCAGUGAAACUCGGCUCGCUGAGCAAGGUAAGUUACAUGAAGCAGGUGCUGGCUACACAUUCUAUUGGGUGGGGAACGCCGCCUCAGCACCACGUGAACAUGGGGUCGGAUUUGCAAUAUCCGAUCGUCUGAAUGGCCAGCUGGUGGGUGAACCAACGGGCAUCAGCGCGCGACUGAUGACUGUUCGCCUACGACUCAGAAGAGGUAAGUUUGCUACUUUUAUAAGCACGUACGGUCCGACCAUGAGUUAUCCUGAUGACAAGCGUGAUCAGUUCUACACUGAGCUAUCCUCCGUGAUACGGUCUGUGCCGAGGAGCGACCGACUAUUUCUGCUGGGUGAUUUCAACGCGCGCGUUAGGCGUGAUGCAUCAGCGUGGACAGAUGUUAUCGGUGCGCAUGGCAUUGGUUCAGCGAAUGCGAACGGUGACAGGCUGCUCUCACUGUGUGCCAAUCACGGCCUGACGAUCACGAACACUCGGUUUGCACUGAGUGCGAGUGAUAUAGCAACUUGGACGCACCCACGGAGUGGUCACGCUCACCUGCUCGACUAUGUCAUCGUACGUCAGCGUGAUAUGCGUGAAGUGCGCAUGACACGUGUACUGCGUGGAGCUGAGUGUGGCCCUGAUCACAAAUUGGUGCGCACCAAACUGUACAUAUAUUUUCGUAAAUCUAUGUAUUGCACUCCCGCCGUGAAUCGGCGUAAAUUUAACAUUCUCUCCCUCGGUACUGUGGCGAAACGUACUGAGCUGGAGAAGGCGAUGGCUGCAGCCUGUGUGACAGCUGCUGCCGAGGAGACCAUUGGGCGCGCAAACUGUAAGCGGCCUGAUUGGUUUGAUGACAACAAUGCGACGAUCGGCGCAUUGGUGUCGGAGAAGAAUGCAGCAUUUGCUGCACAUGCUGCAGACCCCAGUGACUUGGGGAAGAAGAGUCAGUUUCGCAAACUUCGACGGCGACUGACCCGAGAGCUCCGUCGCAUUAAAAAUGCAUGGUGGACGGAGAAGGCGAAGCAGAUGGAAUGCUACGCCGAACGCCGCCAACACAAGGAAUUCUUUGACUCCUUGAAGGCGGUGUAUGGACCGAGAUUGGAGCUGCUGAGGACACUGAUCGAUGGUAAUUCAGGCGCUACCUGCACCCAGACUGCAGACAUAAUGCAGGUCUGGCGGAAACACUUUGACUGUCUCUUGAACAACCGUUCAGAGAUCGACUGGCCUACAUUGAACGGCCUGAAGCAGCACGAUGUGAAGGCGGAUCUGGCGGAUACGCCGACACUGGAUGAGACGCAGAGAGCACUUGCUCAGCUGCGAAACGGCAAAUGUCCUGGAGGUGACGGGAUCCCACCUGAAGUAUUGAAACACGGUGGACCCGCGUUGUUGACUGCGCUGCACCACUUGGUGCAACGCAUGUGGAUUGAGGAGGAGGUGCCUCCUGAGCUGAAGGAUGCCCUUGUGCUACCACUGUACAAGGGCAAAGGUAGCAAGCAAUGUUGCACGAAUUAUCGUGGCAUCAACUUGCUGAGUUGUGUGGGCAAGGUGAUUGCCCGAAUCCUGCUCAAUCGCUUCGUGAGUCAGAUUGUGGAACCUAACGUGGCGGAAGAGCAGUGUGGAUUCCGUUCGGGUCGCAGCACUAUAGAUAUGGUGUUUGCGGCUCGUCAGUUGCAAGAGAACUGCAGAGAACGACACCAGCCAUUGUACUCGCUUUUUGUUGAUUUCACCAAGGCAUUUGAUACGGUGAACCGCGAGGCAUUGUGACUGGUGUUGGGUAAGUUUGGUUGCCCGCGUAAGUUUGUAAGUUUAAUUGUAUGUCUGCACAGUGGUAUGCGAGCGAGGGUGCAGCUGAGUG